AUGGACGAUCUAGCCGGCAUGGACUGGUCCAACUCGACCUCGUCCACCUCCAACCAGAAGAAGCCACCCAUGAACUCGUCGAGCGCAUUCGCCUCCUUUCCCUCUCUCCAGCCGACCCCGUCCCCCGUCAACUCCGGCCGAAAUACUCCUCUGUCCUCGCACGCGUCUGGCCAACUUUCCGCCGCUGGCUCCAAAGCCCCCGCCUCCGCCCCCACAAAGCCCGCCCACGAUGCCUUCAGCAACCUCAUGGCCACGACCUCCUCCAAGAGCACCGCAAAGAUGAGCCUGGCCGAGCGCCAGAAGCAACUCGAGGCUGAGAAAUUGAAGAAGCUACAGGAGAGGAAGCAGCAGCAGAGCGCUGCUUACGGCGACGGCCAGUUCUGGGACGCCCUGGGCCAGGGUUCCUCGUCAGGGGCCGCAUCGCGAACGGCGUCACCAGCUUUGCACGCGCCCGGGCUCAACGCUUCCGCGCAGAAGGCGCCACCAGGAUCCGACGAUGAUCUCUUCGCCGCGUUCAACAAGGAUACGAAAGUCGACAACGCCAGCCACUACCCCCCUCCCGCAUCGGGCAAAUCAACGCCGGCUCUAGAUCUAAGCAGUCCGAGUGCCUGGAGCCAACCCGCGCCGACAUCCAACGGAAACAAUGGUAACCUUGCCAUCGACGACGACGAUCCGUUCGGGCUGAACCAGCUUCAAGCCAAGCCUGUACCAGCAGCUUCUGGUGCUCCCGCCCCCGCCACUGGGGGAAAUGACGAUGAACUUGAUGAUUUGCUUGGGGAUCUUGGGAGGCCGGUCGAUGAAGUGCGCAAGAAGCAGGAAGCCCAAAGGCAAAAAAUACCAGCGAAACAGGAACCAGAGCCAGGGAAACCCAUAGAGGACUCGGAUUCGAGUUCCAGCGAGGACGAGGCGCCGAGACACCAAGAAAGACCACAAGGACGGCCACAGGGGAACGACCCAUUCGACAAGGCAAUCGCUCAGAUCAUGGAAAUGGGGUUUUCUCCUGAGGAUGCCGCGAGAGGCUUGACAGAGAGCGGCCAGGGUCUAAAUGUGCAGGCAGCUGUCAGCUUCCUGCUCAACGAUGCUCACCAGAAGGCCAGAGAGAAGACUCAGCGAGGUGCCUCGGCGGGCAUCAGUGAUGACAGGUCUCCAAGUCGCGCCCGGAACGGGAGCCCUGCUUGGGCGAGCGAGGAGAGGCCCAGUCGGCGGGACAAUCGAUCUCCAGCCGCCGCUGAUGCGGAUCUCGCAAAGACGGCUGCUGCAGUUGGUAGUAACCUGCUCAAAAGCGCAAACAAGUUCUGGAGUGUUGGCCAAAAGAAGGUUCAGAAAGCUAUGGCCGAAUUCCAAGAAGGUCCUGCUGAUCCCAGCCAACCCAAGUGGAUGAGGUCGGCGCAGCAGGAGAUGACGGCGGAGAGAGAGGGUCGAGAACGACCAGUGGAUGUCACCGACGAAGCAAUGAUGCUCGACUCGGGCGCACGACCGGACAGGCAGUCUCGCAGACCAGCUCAGCCGUCUCGGCCAGAGCCUCAGAGAAACUCGUCUCGGGAUCAGUCACCCGCAUUGUCAGCGAGCUCGUCCAGGAGCACGCCUGGCCCCAAGUGGCAGCAAAACCAGCAGCCCUCUUUUCUCGAUCCCAAGAGCCGGCUCAGCAAGCAGACUAUCGAAGAGCAAGGUUCGCAGGCCUACGUCAGCCCGGCAAGAAGGAAGAAGACAACACCUCAGCCGCCCACAGAACCCAAACCAUUCACAGAAGAGCCGGAUUUGUUCAGUUCACAAGCACCGUCACGGAAUCUGCCUACUCGGUCUCAGCAGCCCUCACCUAGACCUGCUGCUGUCUCGCAGCCUCCACGCAAAGCACCGACUCCAAGGCCUGCUCGCCAGGUGCCUCACCUAGACCCUUCAGCACUCCAGUCGUCCACGCGCCACCGCAGUGAUGGUACUGCACACUUCAAGAGGGGAGACUACGCGGCAGCCCACGCAUCAUACUCAUCUUCUCUCUCCGCAAUCCCGCAGACUCACCCGUUGGCGAUUGUGAUUCUGUGCAACCGCGCCUUGACUGCCCUCAAGACUGGUGAGCCGAGACAAGCGGUUACUGAUGCCGACGCAGCCCUUGAGCUGAUCGGCCCCGGCAAGGGCGAGGGCGAGAACAUCCCGCUUCAGGACGAAACAGGCGACAAGCGAGACAUGAAGGAUCUGUACGGCAAGGCCCUCACCCGCAAGGCUGAGGCCCUAGAGCAGAUGGAAAGGUGGGCCGAUGCCGGCGUGGUCUGGCAGAGCUGCGUCGAGAGCGGAGUCGGCGGUCCCACCGCCAUCGCCGGACGCCAGAGGUGUCAAAAGGCUCUCGCACCGAAGCCCAAGCCCGCCUCCAAGCCCGCCAAGCCAGCAGCCUCCCGAGCACCACCACGACCGAGGCCCACGGCACCGGCCAAGGACUCGGAGGCCGUCACCCGGCUGCAGGAGUCCAACAAGGCCGCCGAGGCUGCUGACGCGGAGAAGUUUGCGCUGUCGGACCAGGUGGACGCGCGCAUAGCCGCGUGGCGCGACGGCAAGAGGGAGAACCUGCGCGCCUUGCUGGCGAGCCUGGACCAGGUGCUGUGGGAGGGCAGUGGGUGGAAGAAGGUUGGGCUGCACGAGCUCGUCAUGGCCAACCGCGUCAAGGUUGUGUACAUGAAGGCCAUCGCCAAGACGCAUCCUGACAAGCUGGCGCAAGACGCGAGUGUCGAGGCGCGCAUGAUCGCCGCGACGGUGUUCUCCACGCUCAACGAGAGCUGGGAUAAGUUCAAGGCCGAGAACGGGCUUUGA